UGCUGGCACACCAUGUUGCGCUCCUGGCGCAUGAAGCUGAAGCUGCUGCUCGCCACGGUGACCCUGGCCAUCCUCCUCUCCUGGCUCUACCUCUUUGUGGGCGGCGUCGAAUAUGGUCGCUUCCUCCUGCUGCCACCCUGCCUGGGCGAGCAUUGGGACACGGAGCGGGAGGCGCUGGCCUCGCGGGUGCGCAGGGUGGAGGAGGAGAAUCAGCAGCUCCGCCUGCAGCUCAGCCAGGCUCAGGCAGAGAGCAGCAAUGGUAACCCGCAGUGGGGAGCCUCUGCCGAGGAUGGAGACCUCCCCAGGAGCAAAAGGAGCAACCGUACGGCCUGCCCCAAGCAGUGGACUGUGCAGAAGUGUGAGCUCCUGCACGUUGCGAUAGUGUGUGCCGGGCACAAUGCGAGCCGGGACGUGGUCACCCUGGUGAAAUCCAUCCUCUUCCACAGGAAAAACCCCCUCCAUUUUCACUUCAUCACGGACUCAGUGGCCCAUCAGAUCCUCCAGAUGCUUUUCCAGUCCUGGAUGGUGCCUUCCGUCCACGUCAGCUUCUACAACGCUGAUGACUUGAAGCCGGAGGUGUCAUGGAUACCCAACAAACACUACUCUGGCAUCUAUGGACUGAUGAAGCUGACGCUUACCAAGGCACUGCCGUCCAACCUCUCCAAGGUCAUAGUCUUGGACACUGACAUCACCUUUGCCACUGACAUUGCUGAGCUUUGGGCUGUCUUCGGGAAGUUUUCUGACAAGCAGGUGAUUGGGCUGGUGGAGAACCAAAGUGACUGGUAUUUGGGCAACCUAUGGAAAAACCACAAACCAUGGCCAGCCCUGGGACGUGGCUUCAACACAGGGGUGAUCCUUCUCCUCCUGGACCGCCUGCGCCGCCUGGGCUGGGAGCAGAUGUGGCGCCUGACAGCAGAGAGGGAGCUCAUGAGCAUGCUGUCCACCUCGCUGGCCGAUCAGGACAUCUUUAACGCGGUGAUCAAGCAGGACCCAUCCCUGGUGUACCGGCUCCCCUGCUUCUGGAAUGUGCAGCUUUCUGAUCACACCCGCUCGGAGCAGUGCUACACUGAGCUCUCAGAUCUCAAGGUGAUCCACUGGAACUCACCCAAGAAGCUGCGGGUGAAGAACAAGCACGUGGAGUUCUUCCGCAACCUCUACCUGACCUUCCUGGAGUAUGAUGGUAACCUGCUGCGCAGGGAGCUUUUUGGCUGUGCCAGUCUUCCCAGCCGACCCAGGGACCAGCUGCAGCAGGCGCUGGAGGAGUUGGAUGAGGAUGAUCCCUGCUAUGAUUUCCGUCAGCAACACCUCACGCAGCACCGCAUCCACCUAUUCUUCCUGCAGUAUGAGUUCCUGGCCCUUCCCAACCCCACUGAUGUCACCCUUGUGGCGCAGCUCUCGAUGGACAGGUUACAGAUGUUGGAGGCCAUCUGCAAACACUGGGCAGGCCCCAUCAGCCUGGCGCUGUACAUGUCGGACGCCGAGGCUCAGCAAUUCCUGCGCUAUGCCCAGGCCUCGGAAGUGCUGAGCACGCGCCACAACGUCGCCUACCACAUUGUCUAUAAGGAGGGGCAGUUCUACCCCAUAAACCUCCUGCGCAAUGUGGCUUUGGCCAACACACAGACGCCAUACGUAUUUCUGACAGACAUUGACUUCCUACCUAUGUAUGGCCUCUACGAUUACCUCAGGAACUCCAUCCAGCAGCUGGAGCUGCCACAGAGGAAGGCAGCUCUCAUCGUGCCAGCGUUUGAGACCCUGCACUACCGCCUGACCUUCCCCAAAUCCAAAGCAGAGCUGCUCUCCAUGCUGGACAUGGGCUCCCUCUACACCUUCAGGUACCAUGUGUGGCCAAAAGGCCAUGCCCCCACUGACUACGCCAAGUGGCGGACAGCCACCGUGCCAUACCGCGUGGCGUGGCAGCCAAACUUUGAGCCUUACAUUGUAGUGAGGCGAGACUGCCCCAAGUAUGACCAGAGGUUUGUGGGCUUCGGCUGGAACAAAGUGUCCCACAUCAUGGAGCUGGAUGCACAGGAGUACGAGCUGCUGGUCCUGCCCAAUGCCUUCAUGAUCCACAUGCCUCAUGCCCCCAGCUUUGACAUCUCCAAGUUUCGCCUGAGCGCGGGGUACCGGGGCUGCCUUGAGACGCUGCGGGAGGAGUUCCACCAGGACCUGUCACGGCGAUAUGGGGCGGCUGCGCUCAAAUACCUCACUGCCAAGAGAAGCCUGUGACACCUGGGAACAGAGGGUGCUGGGUACAAGCAGUACCCUGGAGAAGGGAGGGCACAGGGCCUCCCUCCUGGCCCUGUCCACUGCUGCAGCCCAGCCCAAGGGAACAGAGUUGGCGGCACAGUCUCUCCAGCCCAACAAAGGGAUGCCCAUAGAUAAGAUGGAAGAUGUCA